GGUUCGGUUUUCGCUCUCAGUAAUCAUAGUGGUUGACUAUUUGGCUGAUCUGUUUGUUUUGAUCCGUGAAUUGAUGAUUGUAAGGAAUUACUUUAUGAAAUAGUGUUUGGAUUUUCAAGACCAUUUUAACCUUCAUAUUGGUGGGACGAGCUGUAUCUUGCAUUACUUUUGACAAUUUGUCAUGCUUUCACAUUUCUGUGUUUAAACCCUACUAAAACUUGUACAAAAAAUGCCGAAUCCGCGGGAGUUUGUUGGAGCUAGUUCAGGUUCUAGGAGAGGACGUCGUUCAUAUCCAAAGGUUGAAACUUUGAAUAAAGGGUUAAAUUGUGAACCUAUAAUAUUUCAUCGUGAAUAUGCUAAACGAAUUUUACCUCAGUCUUCAAGAGGUAAACCCAGAGGCAAAGCUGGUCGCCCUCGAAAAUAUAAAGUGGAGGUUUCGAAAACUUACCAAGAUUCUCCACCUAUUUUUGAAACGUUGGAUUCAUUUGCUCGUUCUACUAGUCUUUCAUCAGAUAAAACAUCAUGUAAACGUCAACGCAGAUUAUCAAAAGAUGAUCCUAAUUUUAUUCCUCGUCUUACUAGUCAGAAGUCUGAUCGAUCGAAUAUUAAGAUCAAGUCAGAUGAAGCUCUCUACAAACUGUCAGUGUCUCAGUCUUCUGAACAAUCAAAUGAUGAUCCGUCUGUUAAAGUUAAAAAUUUUACCUGUCACGAGUGUGGAAUGCAGUUUAAAACUAAAGGAAGAUUUGACAAACACAUACCUUGUCGCGUACAUAGAAAUUCUGAGUAUUUUCAGAAACCUCAUUUAAAGAGAGGCAGAAAAUCCUUGAAUUCAAAGUAAGCUUGGUGUAUUUUAAAUACAAUGUUUACUUUUAACCAAAGUGAAUUAGAAUCAAUUGUUACCAAUUACUAGUAAUCAGUUGACAAAUAUAUGAUUGUAUGUUACUCAAAUAGUCACAUCGAUUGAUGAGGAUCAUCGGAGAAUUAGUAUAAACACUCAUGGUUUAUGUGUUUGUGGGAUCUGAACCUUCAGAAUGUUCAAGUCAUUGAACAACAUUAAGCUUCCUUCUUGUUCAGUCCAGCGUACAAAUAGUGACAACGUGGAUGAAACCUCAUUACUUAUUCGUAUCAUUGGUAAACCUCCAAAGUCAGACAAUUUCAUCACAUAUUUAAAUGACGAGCCAAACGAAGCAAAUGAUGCAAAUUUUCCACCUAGUAAAUCAUCUAUUACAGGAAUUCUAAAAUUCCAUCUUUCGCCCAAUCAAACUAUUGAAUUUUUGGUUUGUGCAAAUAAAUUAGCUGUGAAACAGUGUAUUUCAGCAUUGGAUAACAAUUUACUGAUUGGUGAUGAUAGUACAGUAUUUGAUGGGAUGAAUAAUUGUAAUACAAAAGAAUACUUAACAGAAUUAAACACUGCUUCUCCAUUGCUACCGCUCACUUCAUCAUCAUCUUAUCUAUCUACAGACUCUAUAAUAAUACCAUCCUCCUCAUUAUCUUCAGUAAAUUCCUGUAAAGGGAAUCAAGAACCUUACACAAAUUUAACAACUGUCUAUCAAAAAGAUUAUAUUUUUAACACACAUGAUAUAAAUAUGACAUCUAAUUCAUUGGAAUAUCAUGAUCGUAGUCAAGAUGAACUACAGGCUGCACGAACCAUUCUAUCAUUAGCUCGUGGAAGUACUGAUGAUAUGGUUUUGAAUAUGGGACAAAUUAUGAUGGAAUUAGAUAAUGCACCAAAAAUGAAUAAUUCAUGUGAAACAAGAAAUACGCCAUAUAAUACUGAUAUCAACAACACUAUGACGGAGUUGAAAACUCAAGGUGAUGAAAUCUCUGAACAUCAUUCUCGUUGGAUGUCUAAACAGGAGAAAGAAACAAGUGAUAAGUCAGUGUCUAGUGUAUCAUCAACUGAACAUUCAGUUGGUUCAAUCAGUAAAUUAAAUGCUUUCUCAAAUAGCGUAGUGGAAGAUAAGAUUUCGAAUGAUUUGAAUAAAUGUGUCUCAGGUGAUAACACAACCAUUAACACUAUUACCACCACCAACAAUAGUGUACCUCUUAGUCGCCCUACAGAUCAUUUAAUUGCUAUCCAACCUACAAAGUUAUCAACUCAUUGUACCACAGAUGUUUGGAAUCCAAUCUCUACUUCACAGAAUAAUAGUAUUAAUAACAACAGUAAUACUACUACUACUAAUAUUAAUGUGGUACAGAGGAAAAUUCGUCCACCUCCUAAAAAAAGACUUUCCACAAAUUAUACUCGAUCAAACUCGUCUCGUUCAUUUACAGACAAUACGAGCUCGACUACAAAACUCCAGGACAAUAUUAAUCAAACGAAUACUUCAUCUCCUCCAUCUUCGAUAGGCUGUGAACAAUUAACUGUUUCACAAUCUGCCAAACAAGUUAUCAAUAUAACAUCAAUUUGCUCCUCUAUUUCAACGGAACAAAUUGAUACGCAACUACCUAGUUUCCCUUCUACUUCAGGGAUUGGAUUACUUCCGACUCCUAUACAAUUUACUAAUGUUGUUUAUGGUAAUCCAAAUUUUAUUUCAUCACAAAAUACACCAUUAACUUCUUAUGUAUCUAACAUAGAUCCUAUUUCACAUCAAUCCAAUCCAAUAAAUGGAUUUACCAUGGUUUUUCCUUCACCUAGACCUAUUACACCUACACCAUCGACAUUAAAUGGAUCUCAACCAUCUCCAAGUUUUUUCAUAUUACCUCAAUUAAUGGUUUUACCUAGAUUUAUUGGUUCUUAUAUACCAAUGAUAACUGCACCAGAACCAUAUCCAUCUACAAUAAAUCCUAUUCAAAGUACCAAUUUAAGUGAAACACGACCAUCUACAUUCAUGACAAGUUCACUUGUAACACCUAUACCUACAGCUCAACCUGAAUUUUCAACAAAUCAUCCACCAGUUAAAACAAUCAUUCUUCAACCUCCUACAUCAACUCCUGUAUUUGGUGCUGAUAUAAACACUACAGUUUCUCAAUUAUCAGACGAUCAUCAAUUAAAGCCGGUUAAUAAUAAUGCAUAUGAUGAUGUGAAAGAGAUUAGUGGAUCUGACUCUAAUUUAAUAUUAUCACAUCAAUCUGAUACAUCAGUAAAUUCAGUAAAAGACAAAUUAUUGCUACCGCCAACAGUGAUUUCCACCCCAAAUAGUCCAAGUUGUUCUAAAAAAUAUGAUAAUGCUAAAUGUGUAUGGAGCAGCAGUGGGUUUAACACGACUAAACCAAUCCCAAUAAGACCUGUACCCGAAGUUUCUAGAAUCAAAUCGAACAAUGCAUUAUCAACUGUACAAAAUAAAUCAUUACAUGACCAUCAAUUUCAUACUGGAGCGGGACAAAACGCUUCAGAUCAAAAAACGUUACCAAUACUAGUUUCCAGUCAUGAUUUAACAAAUAAUUUCACUAAAUUAAAUCCUACUGUAACUACAUGUCUUGUCACCAGUACAUCUGCCAACAAUACUAUUAUUCCUGCCAUUAAUUACAGUCAUUCUUCUUCUUCUUCUACUGCUUCCACUUCAUCCUUAUCUGGUAAUUUUAUUUCACCGAGCAAAAGUGUCAGUGUUGAAAUUUCAGUUGAUAGCAAACAAUCUCAACAACAAGUUCAACACAACAAACUUGUUACAAUUUUACCAGCCAAUCAACCCAACAGGACCAAAUGUCAGUACCGACCAAUUCAUCAUAAACGACGAAUAAAUUUUACAAAGCUCAAUAAUCAUAAAAAAUAUUUAUCGAAUUCACUUAAUUCACAACGGUCUAACACUUCUAUACGUGGAAGAUAUCGUUGUCAAGAUAAUUCAUUGCAUACUACCAAAUCCUAUCAUCAUUUAAAAAAACAUUGGCAUACACAUUCUAACAUUCGACCGUUUGUUUGUCAUAAUUGUGAUAUUUCGUUCAAAACACGCGGUAAUCUAAGCAAACAUAUGAAAUCUCGUUGUCAUCAUGAUAGGUUUUUACGAGACUCAGGAUCCACCGAAGUUCCUUUAGAGACUAAUAGUUCUGUUACGCCUGUAUUUAAUCAAGAUUUGGGGCACCAAUCUAGAGAAGUGCCUCAUAACUCAACGAUUAAUAAUAAUAACAGUAUAUUUGAAGACCGUCAAAAUUAUCGUAAAUCACCAACUAUCUCAUCGGCAUCAUCAUUGUCCUCAUCGUGUAAAACAAGGAACUCUACAGGAGCAAUCAACAAUCGUUCAAUCCCUUUUGGUAGCAAAAGGAAUGAAGUCAAAUCUUCAUUGUGUACUGAUUUUCAUGGAACUACUUCUAAAUCAUUAUCAUCAUCAACAUCAACACCGGUAUCAAUAUUACCAUCAUCACCAGGAAUUAUGUCUUCUAAAGCUUCAACUUUACAGUCGAAUAUCACAGGCUCAAAUGUAGUGGAUUCAUCUAGUCGUAUUCCAGCUCCUAAUGUUAAUGCAGUUAAUUUAUCACAGGAUUUACCAAUGAAUUUAAGUGCUAAACCACAAGAACCAAUUGCUCUAAUAAGAUAUAUCGUUGAACCAUCAGUUUAUACUAAAAUGAAUGGAAUCCAAUCGAAUCGUUCAGAAAAUAUGACAUGUGAUAAACAAGUUUCAAAUAGUUGUUUGUCAUCAGCUGAAGUAAUUGUUCAAACAGCUGUUGAAGCAGCUCGUAAUCUUGCUACAGAUAGACCAAAUUUAAAACAGACAGAUAAAUUUAGUCAUUCUACACCAGACUCAAAAAAUUUUGAAAGAAUACCCACUUCAGGAAAUUUAUCUGAUCAUGUAAAACCAAUCGAUGCUCAAGUGAUAAAUUUCAAUGCAUCAGAUUUAGAUGAGCAGUAUUACACUAGAGGAUUAUCCACUUCAACUCCAUGUUAUCAUAAAAAUGGUCGAAAUGAUAAAUCAUGUUCACUUCCUUCUGGUAGCAGCAGUUGUACAACCUGUACAGAAGACUCUCCUACAUCAGAAAAAUUAAAUAAGGAUAUGAAACAGAACAAUGUAAAAUCGUUACAUACUUCAGAUAAACCAGAAUCUGAAACACGACAAAGUCAUGGAGUUAAAUCUCAUGGCUAUUUAAAAGAUCCACGCCCUUAUAAAUGUAAUAUGUGUCAUGUAGGCUUUCGUGUUAGUGGGCAUUUAUGUAAACACUAUCGUUCUAAAUCACAUAUGUCAAAUAUUUUACAAAUGGCUCAAUUAUCAAAUAGUACAAUCGAACGUAUUUUGCAAAGUCAUAUGGGCAAUCUUCAACUUAUUAAUCCAGACACUGGUGAAUUGAGUAUGCGAAUAUUAGAAAAAAUAAUUCCACCGUGUGAAUUUCCAACAAUGACACCCGUUAAUUCAGGAACAAAUGGACAUAACUAAAAAUCUGCCCUAAUUGUAUCUGCUUUAACAAUUGUGAUCACAGUGUAAACUGUUUUUUGUACAUAUGAUCAAAAUUUCUAAAAUAAACAAUGAUACUUAUUUUUUGCGACACUCAAUUUUCUUUUCGUUUCAUAAGUUGAUGUUAAGCAGGUGUUUGGUAUUCUGAAAGUCCGGCGGUGAACAUUUCCAGUUCCAUAUGAAUUAGACUUACGAUAUUCACGUUUUCUUAACUCAUUGCUAAAUGCUGUUUACUAAUAAUCUGGGUUUGAUUUUACAUGAGCUUAACCAUAUGAACUGAUGAAGAAUUCCAUUCAAAAACAUCUGGUUGUUCAUUCUUGAAAUUUACUAGCCCUCCGAAUGACUUUAGUUUCGACGUCAGCAAACAGUACGUUUUAUAGAAG